ACCUGGUGCAAACAGAAAGCGGAGCUAUGAAAGAACAGAAAUGGAUUCAGGCAUUAACUCGGUUGCAGGCUCAGUGUCGAGGUUAUGUGAUGAGGAAAGGACUGAGUUUGAUUCGGACUCAGUUUGAAGAGAUCGUCCGAGAGAUUGAUGGAGGAUUGGAUCACCUGCAGUGGACAGGAAACAUAAUUCCCAAACCUCACUUCACUGACACUGAAAACCAAUUGUUGCAGUAUGACUGCUCCAGGUUUCAGUCCCAUGACCGUCUGGAUAAUUCAGAGAGGGAACAGAAAACAGUGAAUGAGGGCAGUGAAAAAUCUCUCCCACAGUCUGAAAUCCAGGUACCGGAGAGAGACGAAGCUGCUGCAACAGCCAGCAGAGAUUCAGUCACAACGGUGGAUGGUAUUGUGGACAAGAGAAGAGAGAAUGUGGUCAUACAAAACCUGAUGGAUGAUUUUACUACACGUUACAGUACUGUGAAUUCAGAUGUCAACCACAGCAGCUUAUUUCAGACAGGAACAAAUUGGCAUUCAGUUUUUAAAGACACCGCACACACUCUCGACUCUCUGAAGCAGCGGAGCACUUUAGCCAUGGAGCUGCUGUGGAUCCAGCAAGCCAUAAGCAGCAGAAAGAAAUAUCUUACACUCAAACAGAGAAUGGAUGUACCACACUCAUACUGAAGCAGUUCAGAAGUGGACCAACAUUUUUAGAGAUGUUUUCUCAUUAUUUAUGUAUUAUUGUAUCAUUUACAGCACAGAAUGUUUGAGAAAUGUUGUAAACUAUAUUUAUUAAUGAGCUUCUUUUGUCUUUAAACGGGUUUGUGUUAAAGAAUAUUUUUAUUUUUGUACAAAUGGCAUUUCAGAAAUAAAUAUAAUAUGCACAUGAUGGAGA